GACAACUCCUGUCAUUCGCGCGCUAGUGCGUGACAUAGCCAUCGAAAACUCGUCACCCAAUCGAGAGGCCUUACGAGAAAUCACCAGGAGUCGAGCCCGGGAACUACUAACGAACAAUCGAUUCAACCAAGACGAACGAGUGAAUCGACGGCGUCAUCCACCUCGCCAAUUCAACAUUAACGAUCAUGUGUUCGUUAUGAAGUUUUCUCAGUCGACAGGAAAACUCGAUCCUGGUAUGCGGGGCCCCUACAAAGUGAUAGAGGUUCUGCCCAGCGGACGCUACGUACUCCGUUUGCUGAGCGGCGGCUACGGCAAAACAACACAGGCUGCGGCCCAGCAUAUGGUGUUGUGGCGGGGCGAGUGGUGCCCAGAGUCUUGUACAGCGUUCUUUGAAGACGAGAACGUGAAUGAUGAUGAGACUUCACCCGCAGGGCCCAGCUAUAUAGCUAGCCCUAUACCAGUGCUAGACGACGACGAGACCACGUCGGCAGGUAACGCUAGAGCGGCUGACCCUUCUAUGCCCCUGCUAGACGACGACAUGGACGCUGGACCAGCGGCGCCAGGUGUUGCGGGUCCCAGCACUCUAAGGGACUGUGUCGAGGACGACACCCUGUCAGGAGAGGCCGUGUAAGGGACACCCCCUCUAUACUACCGGCCUACCCUGCACCGUCUAUAUAAAGCUAGAGCUUGAACCAGAGACGCCAUUUGCUUGACGGCGCUGGAGGUGUUCGGACGUAUCUCCGUUGGUUGUUAAGGUCACGUGAGCUAUUUCUAUUUUUCGCUAUUUUUGUAAAUAUUUGAUCAAGUGUGAUAUCGUUACAAUUUGUUAUU